AUGGUCCAUAUCACUGUCAAAGGCUUAGAGGUGGAAAAAGACACGGCUGGUUCGAGCAGCACGAGCUUUGAUCUGCCGGCUGAGACCACGCUCGCCGACCUUGUUCGUCAGAUACGUGAGCGAGGAUAUACGGCCCCCGAGGAGCUCGCUCGAGAAAGAGACGACGGGCGUCGUGGCCGUAGUUAUAAGCCGUAUGCCAAGUACUUGCUCAACCAUCCUACUGAGUCCCUAGUAGUUUCGGGGGACUGUCCGUCAAAUUACGAUGAACGACGCAUCAAUGUACACGAUACCUUUCUCCAUUUUCUCAGCCUUCAGUCCCCGAGCAAGGCUCUCUCGGCAAGGCUGGAAGGUGACCAGAAGAUUCUGGUUGACGAUCGACUCGAACUGAUCUUUCAUCGCACCCUACGCAUGCCCGACGAUGACAAGAUCCAUCCCCUCCCGGAUUCACGCGGUCAAUUUCCUCUUUUUAACGUUGAGGCUUUUGCCUCUCAACUGCCAGAACGGAUCACGAAGCGCGGUGGCAUCUUCUUUCCUAUGUGGCAGCGAGAGGCUCUCUGGAUUCAGUUCAGUCACAGCGGGGGCAAUACUCAUUAUGCCAUUCGGGUCAACAUCGGCCACAUCAACGUUGUCAGUGGUCUCGAUAUCUACGAGGUCUCUGACAAACAGGAUUACCUCGUCGUCCCCGGCCAACAGUGGCUCGACGGUAUUGCUGAGGCAGUGGGCUCUGGAUACACCGUCGAGGGCCAAGUCAGCGGCAAAGAGAAAUUUGGCGGAAUCCAGAUCGAGGUCGUUCCUUCUUAUGAACGAGACACUCACACGUUCAGAUGCUCAACCGAGCAAGGACGCGUCAAGUAUGCGGCCGAGCAUGAUACCCCUGGCGACUAUGCGCUGAAAGACGGCGACAAAGUGUCCAUGGCGCUAAAGCCAUCUACAUAUAGAGGGCAGGCUAGACUUUGUGAUUUCCUUGACGAUGGCGAAAGUUUUGAAGAAACCGAGAACCUCUGCCUGAAGAGUGUUUACACCAUGCCAGCUAUCCUGGCGGCCACAAGCUCCAAUCCAGUUCCCUCAAAAGGCAUGGUCAGAUUCAGGGGUUCCAGCGAGGAGAAACAGAAAUCCGGGCUUGGUGGCUUUGGAUCUGGCGUUUCAAGCCUACUGGGGAAAUUGACGUCUAUCCUAAAUGGUGUAGACCUCGAAUACUACGAUGUGGCUGAAACGAUAGCUGAGACUUCCGACUUCCUAUUGAACACUCGGGGAGGCACUCUAUCGGGGUUGGGAUCCCGUUGCGCAGCUACAGAGCAAUCUAGCAAGCCUAUAACCCUACGGGAGAUGGGGAUUGCAGCAGGCGGGAAACUAAUGCAGGAAAUCGUCCAGGACAGCUCCCCAAAGGGUAUCUGGAACACGGCGAGGGCGAGGCUACCGAAUAUUCACAUCCUCCAGCCCUCUGACUUCGAGGCCGUGACACACAUCGUUCCUCCGAAGACACCGAUCACUACCGAAGAAUACAUUAAAGCUGGUAUACCUUUUUACGCGGUAGAAGAGGACCCUGAUCGGCGACUAGACGGAUCGGCCACCUUGGCUGGGGUAAAGAGUAUCAGCGCCAUGGACAACGAGGUUGGCGUUGACGAGGCAGACACUGAGUUUGACCCAUUGAAGCCGAAACGAAUCCGCCCCUGUAACCACCAAUUUUGUCACAUGUGCGUCAAGGCUGUUGCUCCAGCUGGCAAGACUUCACACGAUGAACAAAAGCGCUGCCCGGUUUGUGCAGCCGUUGUUUCCCAUGUUGCCGGCUUCUCCGCGCCCAUGAAUCUGCCCGGGGAGGAAACGUUCAAGGUGGAAGUUCCCGUUGCUAUGUUGGAGGUUCAGGACGGAAGAGCUGCUUUUGAAUCUGUGGUGAAGAUGAGGUUGUAG